CGGAGCGCGGCGGUGACGCAUCUCAUCCGCGGACACUACACGCGCACUACUUACACUACAGCUGUUCUACAGGUACAGAAAGAUGGACGCGAAGGACCAAGGCGCACAAAUGGAGCCUUUGCUGCCGACGAAACAUGAUGACGAGGCGAUCUUGGACAGAGGAGGCACUCGCUCUAUUCUUAAAGGCAGCUUUGAGAAGGAGGAGCUAGAAGGUCACAGGACUCUGUAUAUCGGGGUACAUGUUCCUCUGGGCAGGAGAACUCGCCGGCGUCAUCGUCACCAUGGACACAAACACAGAAAGAGAAGCAGGGAGAGAGACUCUGGUGUCGAAGAUGGACGGGAAUCGCCCUCAUAUAAUACUCCCUCUCAGAGAGUUCAGUUUCUGCUGGGCACUGAAGAUGAUGAUGAAGAGCAUAUACCACACGACCUGUUCACUGAACUUGAUGAGAUCAGCCUGCGUGAUGGAGAAGAUGGAGAGUGGAGAGAAACCGCCAGGUGGUUGAAGUUCGAAGAGGAUGUUGAAGAUGGCGGCGAGCGCUGGAGCAAACCAUAUGUGGCCACGCUCACACUGCACAGCCUAUUUGAACUACGGAGCUGCAUCAUCAAUGGCACCGUCAUGCUAGACAUGAGAGCCGGUUCUCUGGAGGAGAUCGCAGACAUGGUGCUGGAUCAGCAGGAAGUAACUGGUCAUCUUGAAGAUGAAGUUCGUAAGAAGGUGAAAGAGGCUCUUCUAAAGCAUCACCAUCAUCAGAACCAGAAGAAACUGGCCAAUCGCAUUCCCAUCGUACGCUCCUUCGCUGACAUUGGCAAGAGGCAGUCUGAGCCAAACUGCAUGGACAAAAACGGUCAGAUGAUUUCUCCUCAGUCUCAGCACAUCACCACUGAGGGCAAGAGCAAUGUAAGCCGUGAGAACAGUGCUGUGGACUUCAGUAAGAUAGAUCUUCACUUCAUGAAGAAGAUUCCUCAUGGUGCGGAGGCCUCGAAUAUCUUAGUUGGAGAGCUGGAGUUUCUUGACAGGCCCGUGGUGGCGUUUAUCCGUCUAUCUCCUGCCGUACUGCUCAAUGGUCUGGCAGAAGUGCCCAUUACAACCAGGUUCCUGUUCAUUUUGCUGGGGCCUUUGGGUAAAGGAGCUCAAUAUCAUGAGAUCGGUCGAUCAAUCGCGACUUUAAUGACAGAUGAGGUUUUCCAUGAUGUGGCAUAUAAAGCUAAAGACCGCAGCGAUCUAAUUGCUGGAAUUGAUGAAUUUCUUGACCAAGUGACAGUUCUGCCUCCGGGAGAAUGGGACCCUUCCAUCAGAAUAGAGCCGCCAAAAAAUGUGCCAUCCCAGGAGAAGAGAAAAAUCCCUGCAGUGCCUAACGGAGAGCUGGCAGAUACUGAGGAACAUGGAGGACACGGAGGCCCUGAGCUACAGCGCACCGGGAGGUUUUUUGGUGGACUUAUUCUGGAUGUGAAGAGGAAGGCUCCAUACUUUCUGUCUGAUUUUACAGACGCCUUUAGUCUGCAGUGUUUGGCCUCUUUCCUCUUCCUCUACUGCGCCUGCAUGUCUCCUGUCAUCACCUUUGGAGGGCUGCUGGGAGAAGCCACAGAGGGACGCAUAAGUGCAAUUGAAUCGCUGUUCGGCGCCUCCAUGACUGGAAUCGCUUACUCACUGUUUGCUGGGCAGCCACUCACCAUACUGGGCAGCACCGGACCCGUUCUGGUGUUUGAGAAAAUAUUAUUUAAAUUCUGCAAGGAUUAUGGGUUGUCGUAUCUGUCUCUCAGAACGUGUAUUGGGUUGUGGACAGCAUUCCUCUGUCUACUGCUGGUGGCCACUGACGCCAGCUCUCUUGUGUGUUACAUCACUCGCUUCACGGAGGAGGCGUUCGCCUCGCUCAUCUGCAUCAUCUUCAUCUAUGAGGCCUUGGAGAAGCUCAUACAUCUUGGUGAGACUUAUGCCAUCAACAUGAACAACAACCUGGAAAAACUCACGACGUACAGAUGUUCCUGUAUGGAGCCUCUAAACCCCAGUAAUGCCACCCUGCUGUACUGGGAGCAGAACAACAUCUCAGCUCCUGAAAUCUACUGGGAAGCUUUGGAAGUUCAGGACUGCAUUGAGAAGAAAGGAGAGUUUGUGGGCUCUGCUUGUGGGCCUCAUGGUCCUUAUAUUCCUGAUGUUCUCUUCUGGUCCGUUGUUCUCUUCUUCUCUACUGUUGCCAUGUCAGCGUUCCUCAAAGAAUUCAAGACCAGCCACUACUUUCCCACUAAGGUCAGAUCCAUCAUCAGUGACUUUGCAGUAUUCAUCACCAUCUUUACUAUGGUUCUGAUGGAUUACGCUAUAGGGGUGCCAUCCACUAAGCUACAGGUCCCCAAUGAGUUUAAGCCAACUCGUGAUGACCGUGGGUGGUUCAUUAACCCGCUGGGGCCGAACCCGUGGUGGACGUGUGUGAUCACAGUGAUUCCUGCGCUCCUCUGCACCAUCCUGAUCUUCAUGGAUCAGCAGAUCACAGCAGUGAUCAUCAACAGGAAGGAACACAAGCUGAAGAAAGGCUGUGGUUAUCACCUGGAUCUGUUCAUGGUGGCCUUGAUGUUGGGCGUGUGCUCUCUGAUGGGCUUGCCUUGGUUUGUGGCCGCGACGGUUCUUUCCAUCAGCCAUGUGAACAGCCUGAAAUUGGAGUCGGAGUGCUCAGCGCCCGGUGAGCAGCCGAAGUUCCUGGGCAUCAGAGAGCAGCGAGUGACCGGCCUCAUGAUCUUCCUCCUCAUGGGCUGCUCUGUCUUCAUGACCUCAGUGCUGAAGUUCAUCCCCAUGCCUGUGCUGUAUGGAGUGUUCCUUUACAUGGGCGCAUCUUCACUCAGAGGAAUACAGUUUUUUGAUCGUUUGCGGUUGUUUGGGAUGCCGGCGAAACACCAGCCAGACUUCAUUUACCUGCGACAUGUUCCUCUCAGGAAGGUUCAUCUGUUCACCAUCAUUCAGCUCAGCUGUCUGGUCCUGCUGUGGGUCAUCAAAACCUCCAAAGCUGCUAUCGUCUUUCCUAUGAUGGUGUUGGCUCUGGUAUUUAUUCGCAAGCUGCUGGAUUUUAUUUUCACUAAGCGAGAGCUCAGCUGGCUCGAUGACCUCAUGCCUGAGAGCAAGAAGAAGAAACUUGAAGACGCUGAGGGAGAGGACGAGCAAAGUAUUUUGGCAGAGGAAGAAGGAAUCGUUCAAGUGCCAUUGGAGGGACAUUAUAAAGAUGAUCCUUCAACUGUCAACAUUACUGAUGAGAUGUCCAGAGGUUCAUUUGGAAAUACCUGGAAUGUCGUCAACUCCAGAAAUGAUCCAAACUCGAAAAGCCCCCUUUCCUAAACUUGUUGAUGUUGAGGCCCCAACGCCUGUGUAAUAAUAAAGAGCACAAGGAGCAUUGAUGGCAAGGCGAAGUUCACUUAUUCACUGUGUACACACACUAAUAAUUUGUGCCACACCUCUGCGCUGCGUCUUAUCUUGUGUUUCUGUAUUUUUACAGUAUAUUGCAAUGCUAAACUCUUUUCAGUUUAGAAAGCUUGUAUACAUAUGGUAAUACCAGCAAAUAAAGUGAAGACAUUGAUUGUUCUUGUGUGUAAGAAUAGGAGAAAGUGGGUGGCAGAAUUUUACAAUUAUCCUCAACUUUUCUUUUAAAUGGUCUCUGGGGUAUUUUAAAUGUUUUUUUGUUUUAAACACAGCGUUUCUGUUCCAAUUAAUCAAACAACUUUCACUUUCCUAAAGGUUUGAAUAGUUUCAAGCAAAUGUUUACUGAUGUUUAGGCGAUAUAUCGAUAUAUAGUUCAUAAACCUUCGUAAUGAAUAGCUAGUUUACCUUUAAAUUGCCUGUAUUUUAUGUGUCCCCAGUUUGCUCAAGGGACAAAUGGCCCUACAAUUUGUGUACUGUAAGUCACUUGAAUAAUAAAGCAUAUGCUAUAAAUGGUACACUACAUAACAACUCACUGUAAAUCCUUAAUAUACCUGCAAUAUCAUUAGUAUCUGAACAGUGACUAUUUUGUUGAACUGUUUGCAUUUAUGCAAUAGAGAAUAAAUAACAAACAUAGAAAAUCAAUUUUAGCUAUUAAUAUAUCUAUAUAUAUACUUUUUGUGCAAUUUAUUUGUACUAAAGAAUGCUGCUCAUAUAAAAGUGUAAAUAUUAAAUCCAUCAGUCUUAUCUAGAUAGAGUUUAUACCUAUAUUUUCAAGGCUGUAUGUUGAUAAUCGCAAUGCCAAUGUAUAUAUGUGUUUUCAUGCUAAUAUUCGUGAGAGACAUCUUUGAAUACUGUCCCUACAGAUGAUUGUUUGCGAUAAGCAAUUUAAUGCAUUAAAUUGCUUAAUACAAGCAGUCAUUUGUGGGACAAUCUUCAUGGACAGAUGAUAUUUCCUAUUCACUAAAGCAAUAGUGUUUUAGAAGAGGCCGUUUGUACGUAAAAUACAAAUAAGUAUUUUAAAAUGUUCUGCAUGUUGAGGUCAUACAAUGACUUAUUUUAGUAUUUAAACCUUUAAACUUCUACCAUUUCUAUUGCUUAAAGUAUUUAUAACUAAAUAGACAAGACAAUAAUUUUAAAAUUAUACAAUUUAAAUGUUUUGCUCUUAUUGUAAUGCUUGUUUAUUAUACAGUAUCUUCACACUCGGAUGGUUUGAAUUUGAAAAUCAAGAGCAAUUCCUACUCUGUUGUCAUUUUCUUGCUAAUUAUUACUGUAAAAUAUGUUAAUUCUUUUUGAUGUUUCUGUAAGUUAACUUGGUGUUAAAAAUGAAAAUGAAGUAUCACUUUAUCUUCAAGUCUGCAUGGUGUGAUUUUCACUGGGACCUUUUAAUUGUGUUCUUUAAUUGUUUUUGAAUAUGAGACGAGCAUUUCCUUAAUUUGCACUUUCAUUUCACGACCUUUGAGAAAACACAAGUUUUUGUUCAUUAUAUUUCUUUUACAGUGAAAUAAAAUGCUGCUCUAUGGAUGUGGAUGUCUUUGCAAGUGUAUUACACUAUGAUGAGAGCUGUUUCUGUAACUGGAAUUUGUUUUAUUUAUUUUUUAUAAUGCAUAACAGUACUCAUAUAGUUUCUGACAUAAUUCUGUUGACUAAAAAAAUGUAAAAGUCUGACUAUACCUCAAGUGGUCAAAUGCAUAGACUCCCUAUCUUCACUGAAAGUGCUUUUAACAUCUGUCUCAUAAAACUGGAGAUUUACAAUCUUUAAAUAAUAGGCAAGAACAGGGACAAUUGUAACACUUGAAAGUUGAAUGUUUAACAAACAUUGUGAUAUGUCCACAGUCAUUAUCCAUGUCAAUCUACUUAGUAACUUAGUUUAGAUUAAAUUAUAGAAGUACACAAGGACUUAUGUUUUAUUCAUAACACCUAUGCUAUGUAACUGUAUUAUUAGAGGUAUGUGAUUGUUUUAACAGUAAAUGAAAAAGCUGUUGAAUGUGCAUAUACAGUGGCCCCAAAAAGUAUAUGAACAUUUAAGUGUGCUGGUAGUCCCUAUGCCUGACAGAUAAGAUAACAGUAAAGUGACCUAAGGGGCCGUUCACACUGAAAGCAUUCUUGCGCUAAAAAAGCUAGAAGCCACAGUGCCACGAGAAGACCUGGGACCUGGUUGCAUAAACAUAGACAUUUACUUAAUUUUUAUGACAAAGAUUUUAGAAAACUAAUUGUAAUUUGUUUUAUGCAACCAGCCCCCGAACGCAGGUGUCUCGAGACGCAUUUAAAUAUAUAUAUAUAUAUAUAUAUAUAUAUAUAAUUGAUUUAUUUUUACAAUUAAAGUUCUUUUUAACUUCCCGUCUUAAAAAUCACUGUCGCGAGGCGCUGAAAAACAACAUGCUUGUUUACAUAGAAAAACAACUGAAAAACAGCACGGACGCAAAAACGCUUUCGGUGUAAACGGCCCCUGAGAAAUCUCUGUGACAACUCUGGCUUAGUAUUUUUUAUUUUUUUUUAAACAGUCAGAAACGCUCUCUCCAUGUCAAUCAAUGAGUGAUCAGAUUUUCUGGCAUCGGGUUGGUUGCCGUGUAGGGCGGGGUUUUGUUGAGAGGGCGUGGUCUACUUAAUUGUCUGGCGGAAGCUAGCAAAAUAAACAGCCAUUUACAGA